UCAAUCUCAGACUUCUAGUACAAGGGUGUAGUUUGUUUCAGUUGUCAUUGGCACACUACAACUCUGUCGUCUCAGUCUCAACAUAAAAGUCCUACAACUUAGAUGGUUCCCCCAUAUUGUGUCAACAAGCUCAAUACCAUCUUUCCAAGACCUCCAAUUUGAUGACUCUCUGAUAGUAGAUGUCCUUGCCGAAUCAGUCGCCAUCGGAAUUACGAACUCCAGAAAUUCGCAUUCAAAGUGCUUCCCCUGACCAAGAAACAGAGAAAAAGGAGAAAUCAAGCGAUAAACGCUCUCAAUCUCCUUCAAAACUUGCACCAACACGAAAAACAAGUUCGAAAUCCUCAAGUCACAAAGACAAGAAGAAGGGAUCUUCUUCCAAAUCAGAUUCUCAUUCUUCUGAGAAGAGCAAAAUGGGCGGGAGCUCAAAACAUGGCUCUCACAGCUCCCAUAAGGGCAGCUCUUCGACACAUUCUUCCAAAAAGUCAAAGUCCAGUUCAGUCGAUGAUGUCGACUGGUCAGAUAUCACAGAUCCUGAAGAGAGACGAAGAAUUCAGAACCGCAUUGCUCAACGCAAGUUCCGAGAAAAGGCUCGAGAAAACAAGGAGAGAGCCGAGAGAGAUUCUCGAAAUCAGGAGUAUGCAGGCAACAGCUAUCGAAUUCCCUCUGCCAACGACUUCAACUCCUAUUCAGACCCUUCAGGGCUUCCCUGGGGUAGCAUGAACAUCGGCCACUUUGUUGGUCGUAGUCAGGAGGCCGAAAGUCGACACAGCAGUAGUAGAAGGGGAACACACAGCGCAGACGAUAGCUUUGCUACCGCGACAUACAGUGCUUCACCCUCAUACGGCACGCAAUGGGCACAAGCAAGUUACGGUGAAAGCAGUGGAGCAGACGAGAUGUAUUACGAUGAUUAUUAUCUAUACGACCCAAAUGCUGGGCAAUAAGCUGAGAAGAAGCUAUGGUAAGAUGACCCCCUGUUUCUCUAGACCAUCUCGACUAACAUCGUUAUAGUGAUUUUCGUAUUUGGGAAUAGAAGGAAUUGAACGGACGUAUCACGAUUAAUGUCAUUGUAUAAUUUAUCACACACACCCUCUUCUGGAGUUUUUGUUUUGGCAGUACCCCGCUCGCUCACAUGGAGUUGGUCUUCUUGGGCUGGAUUUCUAUUCUUGGAUGCGGCUGAGACUUGGGACGGCAUGAUUCAAAGCGGUCAGGCAAGGGGUGAAGGACUAAUUACGAGAGGAAAGAAGAUCUCUCUUUCUAUUCAUAGAUCAUGUUUUACCAUACCUGGGGCACUCC